GUGUUGUGUUUGUAUUCGUCAGCGCAUAUGUCAACUGGCAUCGCCAAUCACUCAUUAGCGACGCUUGAAGAGAAUAUUAAUCCUUCUGGUCCUUACUAUAAAUACAGCAUUGCAGGAGAAAACGAAGAAGAAGAGAGAGAGACAAUGAGCGGAGCGGGGAAGUUGGUGUGCGUUACGGGCGCUUCCGGCUACAUUGCUUCGUGGCUGGUGAAGCUCCUGCUUGAACGUGGUUACACUGUCAGAGCCUCUGUUCGUGACCUAAAUGAUCCAAGGAAGACAGAACACUUGAUUAAACUUGAUGGAGCAAAGGAGAGACUUAAAAUGUUCAAAGCAAACCUACUGGAAGAGGGUUCCUUUGAUUCUCUGGUUGAUGGGUGUGAAGGAGUUUUCCAUACAGCAUCUCCCUUUUAUCAUAAUGUCACAGAUCCAGAGGCGGAAUUAAUUAAUCCAGCGGUGAAGGGAACACUUAAUGUCCUUAGCUCAUGUGCUAAAGCCCCAUCUGUUAAAAGAGUUGUUGUAACAUCUUCUGUUGCUGCAGUUACAUACACUGGUGCACCUCGGACUCCCGAUGUGGUUGUUGAUGAGACUUGGUUUUCUGAUCCAGAGUUUUGUAAGGAAUCAAAGCUUUGGUAUGUUCUUUCAAAGACAUUGGCUGAAGAUGCUGCCUGGAAAUUUGUAAAAGAGAAGGGCAUUGACAUGGUUGCCAUAAAUCCAGCAAUGGUAAUAGGCCCUCUUUUACAGCCAACACUAAAUACAAGUGCUGCUGCAGUUCUCAACUUGAUAAAUGGAGCACAAACAUUUCCCAAUGCAACUUUUGGAUGGGUCCAUGUUAAAGAUGUCGUCACUGCACACAUUUUAGCAUUUGAGGUUCCUUCAGCUAGUGGAAGAUACUGUUUGGUUGAGAGGGUUGUGCAUUUUUCAGAAAUUGUGCAUAUUUUACGUGAGCUCUAUCCUGCCAUCAAACUUCCAGAAAAGUGUGCUGAUGACAAGCCCUUUGUGCCAACAUACAAGAUGUCAAAGGACAGAGCAAAAGAACUGGGCAUUGAGUUUACUCCCCUUGAUGUGAGUCUCAAGGAUACAGUUGAAAGCUUGGUCGAGAAGAAAUUUGUGGGUCCAUUAUCGUUGGACUAAUCUAUCUUAAUUCAUAUUCUUCACCUAACAAAAUGAAAAAAAUGGUUUCGACCAAGUAGGUCUUGCUGGUCUCUGAUUGUCUGUGUGUUUUCCAACCUUGCUGGUCUCUGAUUGUCUGUGUGUUUUCCAUACCAUAUUUCUUAGAAAGAAGAAUUUGAACCUCAGGCUGAGGGUGGUGUGGUUGUAUUGUUGCUGCAUUUUGGCAUCGUUGCCAUUUUUACAUAUAUUUGGUAGUACAUGUAGCUUUAUGUA